UGGAAGAAACUGAAAAACAAGAAAGUUAUCUGUCAAAAUUUACUAAGCGUGACGUUUCACCCGUUUGGUGCUUUUCAAAAAAUUGUUAGCCCAAUAUUCUGGUGACAAAUUAGUGAGGUUUUUGGGUGUAUAGGACGUAUGGAUGUUUGAAGAGUGGUGAGGAUGUCGGAGCAAGAGAAGACGUCGGGCGGGACGGCGCCCAGUGGUCCGUCGGUGGUGAUGGUGGAGUCAGGGGCGCGGCACAAGCAGCCGUACCGCCCCACCGAGCUGCAGGACGAGCCGAUGCCCGAUCUGCACCACAAGCGCUCCCGAGCGCCUGCCGUGCCAUCCGUAGCUGAAGACCUGAAAGCUGCCACUGAGACUUCAGGAACGAAAGAGAGAAAAGAAUCUGAACGUGCGAUGUCUUCAGAUAAAUAUAAGUCUAAUGCUGCCAAGAAACUGUCCUCGCACACCAAGAGACGAGGUUCAUCGCCCGAGGCGAUCACACUAGCGCCAUUGGAGGUUGAAACCAAGCGGGCAGGCCUUUCACCGCCACCACAGCCAAUACCAGCGCAAGUGGAGUCCAUGGGCUCGACGGCGUCAGAUGCGACUGAUAAAUUUGCCGAAGACAAGAGAGACGACGAAGACAGCAUCAAGGAGGAGAUCGCGGAAUUGCGGACCUCUGUUGCGGCUAAACCUUCUUCAGAAUGGCAUGAGAGAAACGAAACCGAUGUCGAAAACAAAACUGUUGAAAUCACUGCUGUUGAGAAAAAUAUGCCUCUGCAAGAACUGAAAGAAGAAACAAAAGACAAUAAGGAAAUUAUGGUUCAGGAAGAUUUAGAUAAAGAUUUAUCAAGGAAUGAAAAUAAUUCGAUGCAAGAACAGGAACAAGAUGCAUCACAGGAUGAAAAUCGUUUGAUGAAAGAAGCGAAGGAAGAUGUAAAACAGAAUGAAAAUAGUCCCCUACAGGAAGCGAAGGAAGUUACAUCAAAGAAUAUAAAUAUUCUAGGAAGAACGGAAGUUCCACUAGAAGGGACCGAUGUCACAAUUACCAACGAUGCCAUCGAAAAUACACGUACUAAGAAAAAAGAAAUAACUUGGGAAGAUAAGGAUUAUCUAAAGACCGUUAAUUUACAGGAGAUUGAUGUGCGAAGCUACGCUUGGGCUGUGGAGCGUAAAGCGUCGAUAGGACCUUAUUUCCAAUCAACACCAUCUUUUGGUGGUCCCUCAGGAAUUACCAUCUGCAUUCCGAAGAAAUCGCGUAAGGGUAUUCAUGAAGAUUUGAAUACAAUGCCUUCAGUGAUUAACAUCACCGUGUCUAAGAAAAGCAUCGUGAACAGAUCUAUUUCUCGAAAUAAUAAUGAACAUGGCAGAAAUAAACUUGAUUUAAAGAUUGGCGAUGCACCAAAUGCGACCUUUUUUGGCGCUCUUCGUGGAAGAUUUCACGACAUACGAGAUAAAAUACGUAAUACAUUGAAUAUUUAAUUACUGUUUAGGUAUUUGGGUUUUUGACUUUGUGAUUUAUUAUUAUGGAGGUAUGUGUCGCGCGUAUUUAAAAAUUUAACGUAAAAUAAAUACAAAUUUAUUUAAUAUAGUUUUUAAUAAAUA